GAACCCCCGCCCAACUCGCGGCUCUCGCUCCCCUGGACUCCUGUUGGACAACUGACCCAGUUUCUGUCCAAAUCAGUCGCGCAGGUUUGAACUCGAUCGGCUGGGCUGAUGGAAUUUACGAAGACGGGGCUUCGCGGCAUUUUACGCGGUAUGUGCGCACACCACUCUCCUCCACCAUGCUGCCACUGAAGUUAUCCACGCAAUGAAUCCUGCCAACCAAACUGGAAGUAGUGAGGGGAGUACUACAACAGCCCACCAUUUGUUUGCUGCUGGCACCUACAAACUUCUCGCCUUGACCGUCGGCAGCAUUGGAGUGUUUGGGUUUUGCAACAACGUCGUAGUGAUCGUGCUCUUCUAUCGAUUCAAGAGACUCCGGACGCCUACGAAUCUGCUGCUGGUCAACAUCAGCGUGAGUGACAUACUGGUGUCUGUUUUCGGCAUCAACUUCACGUUUGUUUCGUGCCUUAAAGGCGGGUGGAUCUGGAGCAGGGCGACAUGCACGUGGGACGGAUUCAGCAACAGCUUGUUCGGCAUCGUCUCCAUCAUGACCCUGUCGGCCCUGGCCUACGAGCGCUACAUCCGGGUGGUGCACGCGCAGGUGGUGGACCUCCGCUGGGCGUGGCGCGCCAUCGGCCACAUCUGGCUCUACUCGCUGGCCUGGACGGGGGCUCCGCUGCUGGGCUGGAACCGCUACACCCUGGAGGUCCACGGGCUGGGCUGCUCCCUGGACUGGUCCUCCAAGGACCCCAACGACGCCUCCUUCAUCCUCCUCUUCCUCCUGGCGUGCUUCAUCGUGCCGGUGGGCAUCAUGAUCUACUGCUACGGGAACAUCCUCUACAUGGUCCGCAUGCUGCGCUCCAUCGAGGACCUGCAGACGAUGCAGAUCGUUAAGAUCCUGCGCUACGAGAAGAAGGUGGCGGCCAUGUUCCUGCUGAUGAUCCUGAGCUUCCUGGUGUGCUGGACGCCCUACGCCGUGGUGUCCAUGAUGGAGGCGUUCGGCCGGCACAGCGCCGUCUCCCCCCUCAUGGCCAUCAUUCCCUCCAUCUUGGCCAAGUCCAGCACCGCCUACAACCCUCUCAUAUAUGUACUGAUGAGCAAAAAGCUCCGACGCAGCUUCCUCCAGCUGCUGUGUUGGCGCGUCUCCUGGCUCCAGCGGAACCUCAACGAGCGGCCGCUGGCCCCCGUCCAGCGGCCGCUGCGGCCCAGCGUCAUGUCCCGCGUGGGCCGGGACCGGCCCAAGAAGAGGGUGACCUUCAGCUCCUCCUCCAUCGUCUUCAUCAUCGCCAGCAACGACCUCAACCAGUCGGGCAAGACGACCACGACGGACGGGGUCCCCUCGGAGGUCAACGUCAUCCAGGUGCGGCCGUUGUGAUGCGGGGGUCCCCCCCCCCUCCGUCCUGCUCUUCUGUGUGUAUAAAUACGCCUUGGAAACACCGACCCGAAACAGAUGUUCUCUGGCCACCUGGGACAGAACGGCUCUUCCACUGCCCGUCUGGAUGACCUGGUGGUACAGGUGACCAGCUCAUGGUACAUGGACCGCUUCCAGGAGGGCACCGGCUGAUGAUCCACUACUACCAACACCUGGUUCCCCUUGUGUAUCUCGUAGAGACUUCCAAUGGGUCAUAAAAAUGUAACGAAGGUAAAAUAAGACCCGGGAAUGGGUAAUUAUUCAGGUGCAAUUUUACUCGUCAUGUUUUGGAUAUUAUUCAUGUUUUUAAAUGCCGGUCCUUUGAGAUCGGUUUAGUUGGUCACGUGAGUUACCUUAGCCUGGUUCAAGCGGCUGAGUUGUAUGGCGGGUUGGAGGGCUUUGGGGUUGCUGCCUGUGACUGUGGUGCCUAACACGUCAGUUCAUAGGCUGGUGGUGUUUCACGUCAGUUCAUACAGGCUGGUGGUGUGUCACGUCAGUUCAUAGGCUGGUGGUGUUUCACGUCAGUUCAUAGGCUGGUGGUGUUGGGGUUAAUGGUCUACGUCUUAGCACUUAGUCAUAGGACAUAGCUCACUCCCUCUCUCUCCAUUGUUUGCUUUUUUGUGUGCGUUUACAGGUUCAAUAAAGAGAUACUAUUUUAGGCUAAACCUGCAGGUGUUUGUGUGUGAUUUUCAUCUGAUUUUAUCUCUAUUUUCAGGGUUGAACGAAUUAAUUUUGGACAUCUGAUUUAAUUUUAUGUGAGGCGGCUGAGACUUAAAUUAGGAGGCCAGGAAAUAAAAUGAAACUGCUCCCAAGACAAACGAAAUCCCAUCUACACUCCCCGGACGCCUGCCAGAUAUAUAUAGACUUGAUGGAUGGAUUUCCAUCGCCAAUAAUAACCUUAUUUGCUGUGAAUCCAUCAGGGAGCCUUUGGACCUCCCCCGCACUAAUGCAAGUGGAGGGGAUUUGAAGAGAAGUAGGCGAAAAAGAAAAACAAUGACUGAAGUGGAUGCAAUGUUAAUCUUUGAGAUAAAUAGUGAGAAACUCCUAAACUCAUAUGAUUGUGGCCAAAAAUGUUAAAGAGCAUCAAAGAGGCAAAACAAUUGAUUUAUUCAAGAAAACAUCAAAGUGACUAAAAGCAACAAUUAACAGGGUGACACAUAAAUCAGACAGAUUCUGAGCAUGACCUCUGAAUUCGGAGUUUCCGAUAGCGGAAAGGUUCAUUUUUACUCAGACUUUCAGGCUUAGCAGUCUGUCCCACACUUUCUCAAUAGGGAUGCUCGGUAUUUUCGGAGGGUGUUUAGCUAUCAGGUAUGAGCCUCCCAGAACCGCCCCAGCAGCACAAACCAGCAGGCCUUGAUUGAUCACCUGGGGAAAAUAUAUUCAACAGGUGAGUUUCAUGUGCAGUCAAUUAUUAAAUAAUUGUAUUAUUAUUGUUAUUCAUCUUUCCAGAAAUAAAA